AUGAAAUUCGGUCAAGGCUAUGAAGCGGCACUUGCUAGAGGCGAAUACCCUCCAGACUGGGUUGAAUCGGCUAUUUCGUAUAAGAAGCUGAAGAAGUGUAUCAAACGCGUCCAAAGAGAACUCCUCAGUCUUGGUCUUGAUAAAGACACUCUUGACGCAUUGUGGCAGCAUGUCGAUUCGGGGAAAGGGUCGGGAGGAGGAUUAAUGCACUAUUCGCUGGAUGGCAACGAUUACAGCUUUACACCAAGGUUAACUAUUGUCGUCGAUCCACGCGAUGGUUCUCCCAUGGACGCUUGGCUGAGUCCAGAGACACGUCGAAACUUGUUACGGCUUGCGCGCAAUUCGAGGGCGACUGUAUCUACUGCAAGCACUCGUCCGGAGCCUGAUGAUGAGCAACGACUCGGGGACCGGAGUGGCGCAGAAACCAACAACGCCACAUCAGACGUUGACUUGACUUCGAAUGGACCUGAUGUCCCAGGUAACGAAGCGGCAGAGCAGGAUCAGGUUCAAACCGUCGAGAUACCCUUGACCUCUGACUCGGAGUUCUUCCAGAUACUGCGACGCGAGCUCUCCGAUCUUGAUCACCUGCAAGACGCCGAGCAAUCGCGACUGCAGGAGGAGAUUGCCAGGCUGGGAGAUGAGUUACGUGCUGUCAAAUCAUCCAAAUCCAAACGGUCUAAGGACGAGGUGGAGGCAUGGAGGAGGAUUCUCGAGCUGUAUUCCGAUGCCGAAGUGUUUGAAUCGUCUCACGAACUCGACGCCGGAGCGCGGGGUGCAGCCGAUGCACAAAAGAAAUUCCAAGAAUUCAAUCAAGCUCUUUCCACUCAACAGCAAAAUAUCCUCAAUUUUGGAAAGGGGGCUAGUGUGGCCUUGGAUCGCUUCCUCCGCAUCAACGUCAAACUGCUCCGGUUGAUCAAGUUUCAAGAAAUCAAUCGCACCGCUCUCCACAAAAUCAUGAAGAAAUUCGACAAGCGAACCGCCCUGCAUGCCCGGUCCCACGUCUCGACAGCAUUGGUCAAGUCUCCCUUCAUCACGCAAGACCUGGCCAAAGCCACCUGCUUCACCAUCUCGGAAGAGAUUCUCAAGAUCAUCCCCCAACUCAACGAUUAUUUAUGUCCGAUAUGUUUCAGCAUUUCAUACAAACCGGUCCGUCUGCGGUGCAACCACGUCUUCUGCAUCAGGUGUCUGAUUGUCCUGCAAAGAGAGGAACGCAGCCAUUGUCCGCUGUGUCGAGAGGAUGUGGUUCUCGAAGCCACGAGUGCCAACCUCGACCGUGAUCUGAUGAAGUUUCUUAAGACGAAUUUCAAGAGCGCUGUCAAGCAGAAGCAGCAAGACAACGAGAUUCAAGCAGGAAUCGAUCGGUGGGGGGCCCAGUACGAAAAUGCGCAGAAAUGCCUUGUCAUGUAA